UCACUUCAGAUAGUAGGAUCGUUAAAUGAUGAGGUUGUUUUUUAUUGUACUAUUCCUAUUCCUACAAACAUUGUCAUUUUUAUGGGGUCAACCUAACUUCUUUAAUUUGCCAAGGACAACCAUAGUGAAUCUUUCAUAUUGUCAAAAUAUUAUUAACAGUGUAGUUACCAGUGAUGAUUGUGGGGCCUCAAUUGAUUGUAGAGGGACUGCACGCUUUGUUUCUUGUCUACAAAGUGAUAGUGGUUCAAAACUGAAUGGUUCGAAGUGUUCAGAAACCGCCAGCUCUGACGAAUGUUCAAGAAAAUUACAAGAGAGACAACAAACAUGUUCUAGGAGAAAUUCGGGUUUACUUCCGGAUUCUAAAUUUUGCCAUUUGUAUUACGAUUGUUCUGACCCUGCUAAAUCGAGGAUUUGUCAGUAUCCUAAAUUAUUCUCAACAAAUACGAACACAUGUCGAGACUUCAGGAGUGUCAAGUGUGGGUCCAGGAUAGAGUUCAAAUCUUACUGCCAAUACUAUCCACGCCCUCACAUUGGAGUUCGUGGCCCACCCUGUGAGUUCCAUCAUCCAAAUUGUGAAGGGUAUCCAGACGGAGCCAAUCUUCAUACAGAGAUAGGGUCACCUUGGUACAUGCUUUGCAAGGGCGAAAGAUUUAUAAAGGACGGAAUCUGUCCAAACGCCGGAAAUGGUUUCAACAAAAAGUCAUGUCAGAUUGUUGAAUGUAACCAGAAUAUAAAAAAGUACUACCCUACUGAAUCGUGCAGGGGUUAUAUAUGGUGUUACUAUGGGAGACAAUUCCAAUACGAUUGUGCUAUCGGUACAGUGUUUGAUUACACACGUCAAAGUUGUCAGCAUGUCUACGAUGUUUGUAAACCUUGUGGAACUAGAACAUGUUGAUUACCAGAAAAAUAGCAGGAGGUUAUAUCUUGAUCUAACUCUGGCGAGAAAAAAAGUUUCUGUGUCUAUAUUUUCAUCUUUACUACCAAAUGAAUGUCAUCUUUAAUAUAUCACAUAUCUUUAUUCCAAAUAGACAAGACACAUAUCUAUACAAUAGACAUUGAUUUACAAUAUUUACAAUGGAAAAUGCCUAAUAUACAAUACAAUAUAUGAAAUACAUAUUUAGCAAUACACACAUACACCUUUGUUGAGAAUUUAUAUGAAUUUACAAAUUUUGCUUUUUACUGUCAAAAUCCUCUUAUAUUCAUUGAUAAUAUUAGCGAAAAUGAUAAUGACAUAUAAAGUUUCCUGAUUUUGCAUUUAAUUUUAAUAAAACAAUUAAUUUAAUUUUGAUAAAAAAUUUGAUUUAAUUUUAAUAAAAAAUUUAAUUUAAUUUUAAUAAAAAAUUCAAUUUAAUUUUAAUAUGAAAUUCAAUUUAAUUUUAAUAAAAAAUUAAAUUCAUCGCCAAUAUUAUUUUUGUUACAUACAAUACAAACUCAACUAUAAUUUCUAUCUAUUUUACCCUGUGCAAUGGAAAGCCUCUGAUUUGUUGUUCUAAAUUUAAUCAGUAGCAAGUAUGUUCCCAUUUUUCAAAGUAAUUUUCUUUUACAUUUUUUUAAAAAUUUUUAUAGAUUAAAUAGCUUUAUAGUACCAGGCGUGUUCAAACUGAUCUUAGUGUCUGAGCUUGAUAAGUGAAACUGACCGUCUGCAAUUCAAGAACUAAACUUCCUUUUCCCACACAUUAGGUGUACCACAUUCCGUUAGAAUUGUCUUUAUUCUGUAUAACCAAGACAAAUUUACAUCGUCGUUUAUAAGAAUUUGUUAUUUUUUAGGUUUCUUUUUAGUAAUAUAUUUUCUUAGACUGUUCUUACAAUCCUUGGCUUUUAGAUAUUCGGCUUUAAGCGUUCUUGAUGAAGGUAAAUCCAGAAAAGCGGUUCGGACGCAUUACAUUUAUAACGUGUAGUUUUCUUUUUUUAUAGACGUUUGAUACAAUAUUUCAUGUUGAGUAUAUAAUUUCCGACAAAAAAAUCCAAUUUAGUUUUGUUGCCCAAUUUGACAGGAUAUCUCACAAGCUCCCCGCAAAUGUUGAUGUUUUCAGAAUUAAUGAUAACAAACAAAAUGUUUUAUGUACCCUUUCAAAAAAUCCGAUAAUCUUUAAUCAAUUGCAUCAACAUAUUUACAAGAAAAACAAAAAAAUAGAUGAAAUCAAGAAAGAAACAAUACCCCUAAAUAAUGACCAAAUCCGAAAUAAAAAUAUGAUAAAAAUCAAAUAAACUAUGAUGAAAUAGAAAUAAUUUUCCUUCUCUUUUAAUACAAUUUGUAGUCUAGUAUUAUUUAUUAAUAUAUAUAACUUAUAGGUAAGUCCUCUAGAUCUAUAUCACAUGGUUGGUAUAGUUAUCUGUAGUUUGAAAUGUGAUAUAUCGAAGAAUGUUGUUAUUGUUAUUUGUAACUAACAAAUGUAAUAUAACUUGAAUAAAUACAUACUGUAUCUUCA